AUGGCGAACCGAUCGAAUGCGUCUACGCAUCGCAAGGUACUUUCUCACCUUAUUAUUCAACGACAAAGAAGAGCUCGGCAACUCGUAGCUCUUGUUCCGAAGACGAGAGCAAAAUCAGAUUUGGACGAAAGUGCAUCAUCUGAGGAUGAAUUUCAGUACUACACCCGUCCAACGCACUCCGACUGCAUUUCACCACCUCCAUCACUGCCAUAUUCAAUAGAAAACCUAAAUCUUCUCUGA